CUCGCACUCUCCUAAGGUAGGUAAGUUGCAGAUGAAAGGAGAUGACGCGGUCUAAGAAAGUAGUUACUUCUGCACACCACCACCGACUCAGUCUUAUCCUCUUUUAUAUAUCUCCAACCUCGAAGCUCUCACGUCUACUCCACUAAUUUCCACACUAUCCUUCAUUGUCCAUUCCAAUUCAAAGAAGGCCAGUGUAGAGAUGAUCAAUAUGCUUCAAGACUUAGUUCAAGAGCUUCACCAGCCCAGUGUCGUCUUUGGGCUCGUGUGUGGUCUCUUAUAUAUUCUCUCCGUGUGUAAGGACCGUCCGCAGUUCCAGAAGGUUAUCUCCACUUCAAGAAUAUGGACCACUGUAUUGAACAAGUACCUUGCGUACAAGUAUCUUCUCAACGGUGCAUCCAUGAUUGAAGAACAAUAUGCCCAAUCUAAUGGCCAGCCCUUCGUUAUUCGAACUCCUGAAAAGAUGAAUAUUAUGGUCACCUCUUCAGCGCACAUUCAAGAGAUAGACAAGGCACCACGACACCAGCUUUCCCUCCAUGCUGUCGCGAAGGAAUUUCUUCAACCUAAAAAUACGAUGAACGGCUUCGAAUGGAAAGACCAGCGCGGCAUUGAAGGGACCGGUUUCGUCCGCGCAAUCCGCAAUCUGCUCACUGCACGACUUCCCGAACUGAUUCCCCGACUGUCCACUGUGAUAGAAGAUCAAAUCCAAGCCGAAGUUACCCAAGCUAAACAAACCAAAGAUGGAUGGGGUCGUAUCCCCCUCUUUGCAGCAGCAAAACAUAUCGUUACACGCACAAACUGCGCAGUCUUCUUUCCCGCCGAGCUCUCCUCUAACCCGGAAUUUGUGCAAGCCGCCCUCGAAUUCCCAGAGGAUGUGUUCUUCGCUGCAGAGAUUAUCCGCAUUCUCCCCCGCGGCAUCGCUCCAUUCCUAGCCAAGCUCGCGACCAAGAAUCAUAAGUCCACAACUGUAAUGUACAAUUUCCUCUACCCGGUGGUUCAGAAACGCAUGGAACUCUCCUGCCUUGCGCCAGAACUUCGUGGAGAAGAGGAGCCCAACGAUGGUGUUCAAUGGCUCAUCAACACCACCCCGAAACGCGAAUCCUGGAGCACUUCGCGCCUCGUCGGCGAGAUCAUGGCAGUCUGGUACGGCUCUCUCCAUACCCUUGCCAUCGCGACAACCUAUGCACUAGUCGACCUCUACUCCCGACCCGAAUACAUCAAAUCCCUCCGCGCUGAACUCUCCUCUUCAAUGUUCUUUCAAUUCCAAUCCACAAGCGAGGGUCUCCCAGAAAUGGACUCUUUUCUAAAAGAAUCCGCGCGCCUCAGUGCAUUCGAAAGCACAGGUGUGCGUCGACAAGCACUCGAAGAUUUCCGCUUUUCAGACGGCCUGCUUGUCCCCAAAGGGUCCUGGGUUUGCGUUCCGCACCGCGCGAUGAUGCGCGAUGACCGCCAUUUCCCGGAAGCAGAUAGAUUCGACGGGCGACGCUUUCUACCCAGGCUUCCGACGCCGGAGGCGCUAGAGGCGUCGAGGCUGAGCCAAAGGUCGAAUGAGUGGCUUGUUUGGGGCGCGGGGAGAAUUACUUGCCCCGGCCGCUUCUACGCAGUAGUAGUACUUAAACUCGUGCUAGCAAACAUGCUGCAAAAUUAUGAUGCCGAAUUAGAGCCUAUCAAGGGGAGUAGAAGUGCGCAAUGGAGAACUGCGUUGAUUCCAAGGGCAGGAAUCACGUUGAAGGUGAAGCCGAGACAGAUAUAGGACAUAUACAUAGACAUAGACGUCUGCAUCCUGAUUUCUUUUGUUGGAUACGAUUCUUGGAUAAACGUGAGCAUACCUAGGGCAUAUUUCAUUUGUUAUGUUGGGCGCGGAUGGCCUUGUACAGGCCUCAAAGUGCAUCGUUUCGCAUUGCAUUUCUUUAUCGCUGGCUGGCCAUGGGCUGGAUAGAUACCCGACUCGCGAGUGUUUCGAAUUUUUUGUUUCCACUGCUGAUUUAAAAG